UUUAAGAAACAUCAAUGCUGAUUUUCUCAAUAAAAGCAAAAUCAGUAUCUCCGAAAAAUUGAGUUUCGAAGAAGUGGCAUCAAGGUGAAAUUGUGUUCUGCUAUCUACAGCUACAAUAUUUUAGCGGUCAAUUUGAUACCAUAUAUUGAUAUGAUGAGCUCGAGUAAAGUGUUUUCUCGAAUAAAGCGCAUGUGUAAAAACAUUUUGAUCAGUGUGCCGGUUACUGUGGCUUUCCUUGAUAGUAUUGGUUAUGUUGCUAAAGUGGAAGGUGUAUCAAUGCAGCCUUCCCUGAAUCCUGAAAAUGAGAAAACAAAUGAUUAUGUUCUGCUAAACAAAUGGGCCAUGCGAAACUUUGAAAUUCAACAUGGGGACGUAGUAGCUAUAAUGUAAUGAAGGGCGAAAGAAAGUAGGGAUACAAUAGGAGAUAUUGAAGGCUUUAUAUUAUUUUGCUUAAGGUA